AGUGGAAAGUUGACGGACGCUUUUAACUGCGUAUAAAUACACGUACACCGUUCGUAGAGAAAAAUCAUAACAAAUAUUGUGAUUUUGUUAAUUUAGUAUUGUGUAGCAACAAAGGAAACUUUCGGAGAUUACAGGACUAUAGCUUUGUUUUACAAAUGAGAUAGUGACACUGUUUACAAAAUGGAAAGUUACGAAGGAAAGCGACGGCUGUCAUCAUGUGGAGAAGAGGCAAAACAUGAUUUUAUUACAAAACGUUUAAAGUCAGUAGAAGAACUUGGAGACAGUUUUAAAUACAUUGACAGUAUUGAGUCUAUCAGCAGAUCAACAUCUGUAGAGAUGCAAUCUUUCAGUAGUACGACUUCUUUAGAAUUGCAAUCUUUCAGUCGAUGUGCAUCGAUUGAAAGCUCGAAAAGCGAUAUGGCAUUAGAUAUUCAAGCGUUUGAUGAUGUUGAGGAUGAAGUUAUUAAGGGUAACGAAUCUCAACCAGUUUCGGAGACUGUAGAAAUGGCAUCACAGCCAGGUGACCAUGAUAUGUUUGACGAGGGUGCCUGUUACCGAGGUGAAACCGGGGAUCAUUGCUCUUCAAGAUGUAAGUUGUUGAAACAAAUAUCAAGAACAAUUUUAAGUGUGGAUGAAGAACCAAAUGCAGAACCUCAUCUCAAGGCAGAUAUGUGCGGAGUCCUCGCGUACGUUCAAGAUAUUUCUCCAGAUGCCAAGACGGAAAUAGCAACGUAUUUAUCUUCCGGUAAUCUCGCGCAUGCCCAAUUAACAAUGGAAAAUAUUCAUCAUUUUUACCAUGUAUCUUCAUUGUUACAUCUCAAACAACUACGAGAUCAUUGCAUAACAUUUUGUCGUGUGAACAAUCAGACAAAAAUAAUAUCAUGUUUCGAAGGCUGUAAUUGUGAAAAUGAAGUGAAAAUGGAGUCGGCAACAGGAUACCAAAGGUCUCAGAGUGUCGUGUCAAACCCUGAUGAUUCCGACCCUCCUCAAUACUACAUUGUUUUUACGGACACUGUCGUUAGUGGGAAAACAGACACACAGAAAAUAAAGGUACUUGUAAUAGACACGUCUCAAAAACGUAACGUUUACCACCGUGACGUUAAUAAAUUGCAAAAUUUCGGUGAAGGUUUUGCUUGCACUAGUUUUGAUGUGAAAGGGACACCAUUUAUUAUCGUAAGCGGAGGAGUGAUGAAAAAUGAGCAGUUAGUGAUGAAAUAUGACAUAAUACUGGGACGUUGGGAAAAGUGUGCAAAGCUUAUACAUGGCAGGUCACAUCACAUGAUGGUCACCACUGGGUCAAAUUCUGUAUUUGCACUCGGAGGGCGUGAAGUGUCCUGUAUUGAGGAGUAUUGUAUAAAAACAAACAAAUGGACUGAACGAGCGUCGCUUGUUACACAGGUUACGUCUGCAGUAUGUCAAGUUUACCAAAAUAAAAUAUAUAUUUUCGGCGGGACAACACCGGCCGGGCCCGUGGCGACUGCCCAGUGUUAUGACAUCAACACCCACGAGAUCAAGCGUCUAGAAGAUUUGCCAACAGCGUUUGAAGGAGGUCAAUCAGUGGUCUUAAAUGAUCGAAUCUAUAUAGCAACCGAUCAAGGUCACAUGAUCCGCUUUAAUCCGAGUAAGGGAUACGGUAGGCUUUGUACACAACAACCUGUCAAGAGAAAAAGAUUUGGAAUGUUUGUCAAACAAGACAGGAUAUAUGUGGUGGGUGGGGUAUUAUGCGAUGAUGAUAGUGAAACAACAACAACAACAACACGUAUACCACAAUACAGAUAUAACGCUGACAAAGACGUCUGGAUCGAGAAAAAUAAACUAAAUAUCAGCUUCUCAGUACUUGCAAGCUGUAUAAUAAACUACGAAAAGAAGUGCUGCGUGAUCCCCUUUAAUGAAAAAUUCUAAACGAAGUUUGUGCAGACCACGUGACAUUGAU